ACCAAAAGAAAAUGAAGAGUCCUUUUGUGUUCUUUUCAGUUCUUCUGAUUUCAGUUUCAUUGCCAAACUCGAUUGCACUUCCAGACAACUUUCUGCAAUGUCUUUCAGAAAAUUCUCAGCCUACAAAUCCCAUUUCUGAUGCUAUCCAUACUCCUGACAAUCCUUCAUUCACAACAGUUUUGCAGUCUUAUGCCAGAAACCUAAGGUUCCUGACGCUUUCAACACCAAAACCCCUUGCUAUCAUAGCCGCGAAGCACGAAUCCCAUGUCCAAGCAACCAUUAUUUGUUCUAAAAAACUUGGCUUGCAGAUCAGAAUUCGGAGUGGCGGUCACGAUUAUGAUGGACUUUCGUAUGUUUCUGAUGUCCCUUUUAUUAUUCUUGAUAUGUUCAAUCUUCGAUCGAUCAAUAUUGAUAUUGAAGAUGAAAGUGCUUGGGUUCAGGCUGGAGCGACUCUUGGCGAAGUUUAUUAUAGAAUUGCAGAGAAAAGCAAUGUCCAUGGAUUUCCUGCAGGUGUCUGUCCUACACUAGGCGUUGGGGGACACUUUUCAGGUGGUGGAUAUGGCAAUAUGAUGAGAAAAUAUGGCCUGUCAGUGGACAAUAUAGUUGAUGCACAAAUAAUUGAUGUCAGGGGCAGGAUUCUUGAUAGAAAAUCUAUGGGAGAAGAUCUCUUUUGGGCCAUUAGAGGAGGAGGUGCAGCAAGCUUUGGAGUCAUCCUUUCCUGGAAAAUAAAAUUGGUUCCAGUCCCGGAAAUUGUCACAGUUUUUAGUGUUGACAGAACUCUGGAGGAGGGUGUUAGUGACCUCGCUUGGAAGUGGCAACAGAUUGCAGCUGAUAAACUAGAUAAUGAUCUCUUCAUAAGAUUGAUGCUACAGCCUGUAAAUGGAACUCAAGAAGGGAAGAAAACUAUACAGGCAUCCUUCGUUGCCAUGUUUCUUGGCCGAGCAGAAAGACUCCUUUCGGUGAUGAAUGAAAGCAUCCCUGAAUUAGGCUUACAGGCGAAGGACUGCGCUGAAAUGAGAUGGAUCGAAUCUGUCCUGUCUUGGGUCGGCAUGCCUAAAGGAACUCCUAUUGAAGUUUUACUUGACAGGAUUCCAAAGGGUGUGAGCUAUCUGAAACGGAAAUCAGACUAUGUUAAAGAACCUAUUUCAAAGGAAGGUUUGGAAUCCAUUUGGAAGGUUAUGACUGAGGUUGGAGAAGUGGCAAUGCUCUGGAAUCCUUAUGGUGGAAAAAUGAGUGAGAUUUCGGAGACGGAAACUGCAUUCCCGCAUAGAGCUGGAAACAUAUUCAAGAUCCAAUAUUCUGUGAAUUGGAAGCAAGAAGGAAUUGACACCACCAACCAUUAUGUCAAUUUGACAAGAACUCUCUUUGAAGCCAUGACUCCUUAUGUCUCAAAGAACCCGAGGGAAGCAUUCCUCAACUACCGUGAUAUCGACAUUGGUAGCAUUGGCAGCCAUGGAAAUGGGACAUUCCAGGAAGCAAGUGUUUAUGGGCACAAGUACUUCAAGGAUAACUUUGACAGAUUAGUGCAAAUUAAGACAAGGGUUGAUCCUGAUAACUUUUUCGGGUAUGAACAAAGUAUUCCAACUCAAUCAUCAUCUUACAGUAAGAUCCUAUGAAGAUUGUAGAGAAUUAUUAAGAAUUAGUUCUCUCCUGCUUGUCUGAGUAUGCUCAGUUUCAGGACAGAAAUUGAAAGUCUUAUACUCAGGAAAGAAAAAAUAAAGAUGUUAGUUUUUUC